CACUUCCUGUAUACGCCGUACCCAGGAAGUGGUGACAAAUCCGGCUGGUGAACGUUGGGUGCUGCUUUAAAGCAAUAAUUAUUAUUAUUUUUUUACUUACAACACAUUUUUCUCCGUUUUGUCAUGUCUGCUAGAAACCCAGGCACCACGCUCGACCUGAAGUGGAUCUCCAAAGUGAGAGUGAACACACAAGCUGUGCUAAGGAGAGCACAGCACAUCCAAGGACAGAAGACCCCCAAAAAACAGUGGCAGGCUGCCUGGCUACUGAAGGCUGUCACUUGUAUCGAUCUGACUACACUGGCGGGAGAUGAUACACCAUCCAACGUCCAUCGACUGUGCAUGAAAGCCACUCAGCCAGUCCAGUAUGACUUGCUCAAGAAGAUGGAUAUGCAUGAUAAAGGUUUGACAACCGCUGCAGUGUGCGUGUAUCCGUCACGUGUUGCAGAUGCUGUUAAAGCUCUAAAAGCUGCAAAUUCCAAUCUGCCCGUUGCAUCAGUGGCCACUGGUUUCCCAGCCGGUCAGACACCGCUGGAGACCCGCUUGCAAGAAGUCCGCAUGGCCGUUGCAGACGGUGCAACUGAGAUCGACAUCGUCAUCAACAGGACUCUCGCCCUCACGGGACAGUGGGAAGCCAUGUACGACGAGAUCUGUCAGUUUAGAGAGGCUUGUGGCGACGCCCACAUGAAGACCAUUUUGGCGAUCGGAGAGCUGGGCACCUUCACCAACGUCUACAAGGCCAGUCUGGUCUCCAUGAUGGCCGGCUCCGACUUCAUCAAGACGUCUACAGGAAAAGAAUCUGUCAAUGCCACCUACCCUGUCGCCAUAGUGAUGGUGAGGGCCAUACGCGACUACUUCCUGUGCACAGGCCAGAAGGUGGGUUUCAAGCCUGCGGGGGGCAUCCGCACAGCCAAGGAGUCUUUGGUGUGGCUCAUGCUAAUCAAGGAGGAGCUGGGCAAUGAUUGGCUCUCUCCUCACCUCUUUCGCUUGGGAGCCAGCAGUCUAUUGGCUGACAUUGAGAGACAGAUUUAUCAUCAUGUGACUGGACAGUAUGCAGCCUACCAUGAGCUUCCAAUGGCCUGAAGUUCCUGAGAUGCUCCUAAAGACCAGUAAGGACCUCAAAUUCACCAUACAUUCUAGCAGCUCACUUGUUAAGUUGUUCUACACAUUGAACAUUGAAUCAAGUGUCUGUGACUGAAAAAAACGCAACAUUUUAUCCUUUAAAGCUGACGGAGCUAAUAAUAAUAAGCAGCACUUGUAUCUCAAACACAACAUUCAAGCAUCAAGAGAAGUCCACGACUGUUUAUUGAAGCUAAUAUAAAGUCAAACUAAAAUGCACAUUUUUAGUGCAUGUCAAUGUCUUUUUUUGCCAAACUUCUUUUGGUGCGUUGUCCUUCUUUAUAAAGUGCCUGCUUAAGUUGACGUCAACAUACAGUCGACUGAUUUUGUCCUUGUAAAAUUUUGAAACCCUAAGUAAUCUUUUUUUUUUAAUAAUAAUCUGUUUAUGUCAACAUGUGCCGUUACCUGGGGCAUCAAUACCAGUACUCAACAGUAUACAUUUUCAGUACUUUUGUAUGUCCAUGUGGUAAUAAAUGCUAACUGUUGGAUAAUAAA